AUGAUAAAGAAGAGCGAGGAAUCUAAACGCCUGUUGAGGAAGAAAUUGAACAAUGACAUAACGAAUAUUUUAUUACUUUUUGAGAAAGUACAAGAGUGGGCUGAUUUAAGUAAUAUAUUACAAAAGUUAUAUUUGACUAUAGAGAAAUAUGAAUUAUUUGUUGAUAUAUCAUCUAAAUUUUUAUUAUUUCGAAGAUUAUCACAAUGUUUGAAUCCUUUAUUACCAUCAGGAGUACAUUCGAAAGCAUUGAUAAUAUAUUCAUCUAUUUUUAAAAAGGUGGAGAUGGAUUUUUUUAUAAAUAAUAUUCAUAUAUUAUGUUCUGGUAUAUUUGAGUUUAUGUUACAUUGUACAAUAAAUUUAAAAACAAUAUAUUUUAAAAAUAUAAAGAGUAUAUUACGUUUAAAAGAAAAUGUGUAUAUAUUUGCGUAUGCUUUAUUAUUAUCCUUAUUUAAUGUGGUUGACAGCGAUAAUAAUAUUUUGUUAUAUAUUUAUUCUA